CGGCAGGUCCGGUUCUCGUCUACAAAUCCAUCGGAGUUUAGUUUGAGAUACUAUGUUAGCCAGUCUCAAAUUACUCACCAGUUUGUGGCUGCUGCUGUGGCUACGGCUGGACAGUGUUCCCGGCCAUGCAGCCUUCACCAAUUGUGUCAAUCAGCCCCUCUGUGCGGCGAAUACGAUCCAGAGCUAUAUGUACAAGCACGGGCAGGACUGCAAUGGCGAUGAUCACAUCGAUUGCCUGGACUUUGGAGCUUUGCACAACCUGGGAAAUCUGAAGUGCCGCGGCGAGCUACCCUACAUAUUCGCCAAGGUAUUCAACAGCUGUCUAAAGUACAAGGAGAGACAGGCCCAGAACGCGGACCAGACCCCGAACCAAGUGAAAAUCAAGGACCAGUCCUCAACAUAAUUGAUUCUUUAUUGGGUUGAAUCGUUUUACUGCUUUUUAAACAAUCUUUUAAUACAUAUACAUACAUACAU